GGCCCGGGAUCUCCGCGGGGGGCGGGGCGCGCCGGGAAAAGUUCCGGGAAGGUGGGCCUCCCGCCCAGGCCCGGCGCGGAAGUUGCCGGCGGCCCGUGCCCUCCCGGCCAGGCCCGGAGCCAUGUCGUCUGGGAACGCGGGGUCCGGCGGGCGGGAGGGCGCCCCGCGAGCCGCUGCCGCGCUCUGCGGCCUGUACCACGAGGCGGGGCAGCGGCUGAGGCGCCUGCAGGACCAGCUGGCCGCCCGGGACGUCCUCAUAGCGCGCCUCCGCGCCCGUCUGGCCGCGCUCGAGGGGGACACGGCGCCGUCGCUCGUGGACGCGCUGCUGGAGCAGGUGGCGCGCUUCCGGGAGCAGCUGCGGCAGCGGGACGGCGGCGCCGCGGAGGCCGCGCUGCGCCAGGAAAUCGAGAGACUUUCCAAGCAACUAGAAGAAAAAGAGAGGGAGACGCAGCAGCUGAUGAGCCAGCCGGAGGGGGAGCAGGAGAAGGAAGUGGCCCUGCUGAGGAGAAGCGCAGCACAGAAGGGGCGGGCCCGGGCCGCCAGCGACAUUCUGUGCCGCUCCUUGGCCGACGAGACCCAUCAGCUGCGGAGGACUCUGGCUGCCACCGCCCACAUGUGCCAGCAUCUGGCCAAGUGUCUGGAUGAACGCCAGCGCACACAGGGGGACGCGGGGGAGAGGAGCCCUGAGCCAGCGUGUGCAGAUGGGGACGGCUCUGUCCACGCGGUUGUUGAGAAGUUACGGGAGGAGAAUCGACUGUUGAAGCAGAAGGUGACUCACGUGGAAGACCUCAAUGCCAAGUGGCAGCGCUACGACGCCAGCAGGGACGAGUACGUGAGGGGGCUUCACGCACAGCUGAGGGGGCUGCAGGCCCCCCUCGAGGCUGAGAGGCCCUCCCCGCCCGAGCUGAUGAGGAAGGAGAUCUCCCGGCUCAACACACAGUUGGAGGAGAAAAUCAACGACUGUGCAGAAGCGAGGCGGGAGCUGGCGGCCGCGAGGAGGGCCCGGGACGCCGCGCUGGAGCGGGUGCAGAUGCUGGAGCAGCAGAUCCUCGCGUAUAAGGACGACUUCACGUCGGAGAGGGUCGACCGGGAGCGGGCUCAGAGUCGGAUCCAGGAGUUGGAGGAACAGGUGGCCUUGCUGCAGCGCCAGGUACCCUGGAAACAGGAUCCUCGAGAGCCAGGCUCUUGCCGGAUUCACACUGGGGGCAAAACUCCCGGGUACUUAGAGACUGACGCUUCGGAGCUUGUGGCACCCGGUGGCUGGAGGCCUGGGAUGGGAUCCCAGCGGCCAGAACUCCCCGCAGAGGGCGGGAGCCCCGGAGCAACCCAGAGAGGCCAGGGGGACCUUCAGUGCCCUCACUGCCUGCAGUGCUUCAGCGACGAGCAGGGGGAGGAGCUCUUCCGGCACGUGGCCGAGUGCUGCCAGUGAGCGCGCGCUGGGCCGCCCGGCCCGGAGGCGCGCGUGGGUGCUCCCAGCACGCAGCAUCGGGAUGCGGGGCCCCCAGAACAGGCUGGGGGCGCUUCUGAGCCUUCCCCUUGGUCCCCCUUGGGUCAGGGGGCACUUCCGGUGGGGCUGGAGGGAGAGGUGGGGUUGGGAGCAUUCGUGCCCAGGAGGGCGCAGCCUCGCCUCUGGUGUGGAGUUGGACGUCCCAAGCUGUCGGGCCGAGGCCGUGCGUGAUGUGGCGUGGGGUUCUCCCAGGCCCGCAGGACAGCCCUGCCCCGGCCGCACCUGGGGACGCUGCAGCUCACUGGGACGCGGCGGCCGCCCGUGGGAAGUGCGCCCACGCCCACCAGCUGAGCACUGUGCCUGCACUGAAAUAAGGCCGCACUGCAAGAGCGUGUGCCGCAUAUCCAGAACUUAAAUGUGUUUAUGUCACAUGACUUAUUUUUGUAAUAAAUGCACUUGCUACAGCGACUGCUCUGAGAAUGUGCUCUGGGGGCUGGGGUGCAGGGACCCGGCAGCAUUUCCAUCUGGGCCCGAGUUACACCAGCCGGGAGGAGAGACACUCUUUCUUGCUGUUUGUCUGUCACCUGUUUGUUUGUUUGUUAAGGCAUCCAGAGGGGCAGGGUCAGCGGGAGUCCAGCCUGCCCAGCACUCUGCCGUCGGCCUGUUUCAGCUCCAGCCAGGGUGUGAAGGGCUUGGGGUGAGGCGGGAGGAACCAGGCGCCUGGCGAAGGCAAGCGAGAGGCUUGCAGGGCAAGGACUGCGUGCAUAGUCCUGGCGGGGUCAGGGCCGUGUGACUCAAGCUAACCCUCAGAACAGUCGCAGGAGGUAAGUACUGCUAUCAGUCCAUCCUCCUCAACACAGGUGUGGAAGGUGAGGCACAGAGGGGUAAGGCCACUUGCCCAAGGUCACAGUAGCAGGGGACAAAGCUAGGAUGUAAACCCAGGCCGUCUGGCUCCCGAGCCCACAUUCCACUUCCCAACGUGUGGAGGAGCUGCCGGCACGGUGCAGGGCCAGCACUGGGUGCACGUGUCGUCCCUCCUGCCUGGAACCUCGCUCGCCCUCUCACUGGCUAAGUCAGUCCUCCUCCAGUUGUAGUUCAGGCGUCCACUCCUCUGUAGGAUCCCUGCGCACCCCACUUUCCAGGAGCCGACUGGAAGGGGUCAGUCUGUGCAGCGUGGGUGCUGGAACGUCACAGGAAGCCUCCGUCUCACUGUCCUGAGGAGUUGGAGGAGUUUGGAAAUAGAUGGGGACCUCCCGGAGAGAAGGGAGCUGCAGAAGGGGGAGCCCUCAAAUCCUUGGCUGACCCCUGAACUGUGCAAGCUUAGCGUAAGACUCACUCCAAGAAUCCUGGGGCAGGAACAGCGGCUGGAAGGCAGGAUGUGCUGAGCAGA